AUGGAGCUUUCAUUACUAAACUACACAGCAGAAAGAAUAGGAAUAGAUCCACCUGAAAUCUAUGCCGGUGAUAAUACACUAAGAGUCCUUCAAGAGUAUCAGUUCAAUUGUUCAUCUUCUAAUAUAACCAGUCUUGUAUUGGGCAUUAAUAUAAGGAGAAGCGGUGGAGAUCGUAAACUAUUUCCUGAUGUUCGAGUCUUUAGACCUAAUGGUAGUGGAUCAAAUACAUAUUCUCUAGUGACUGGUAGUGAGAGAACAAUUUAUUAUUCUACCUCUAAUGUCAAUGGAUACUGUGUCAAUAGUACCAAUUCAAUAAAUGCUUCAUUUAUUAAAGAGAAAGCACUUGAAGCACAAAGAUCACAAAGGAUUCCUGACAAAAGGCAAUUCCUUUAUCCAGAGGUUAAUUUCAAAUGCAAUGGAUCAGUUUUUAAAUGGAUUUUUGGAGGUAAAUAUAUCAAUCAGGAACCUCAGGAACAUAUUGAAUUACAAAUAUGGCGUAAAAUAGACGACAGUUACACUAAAAUAGGAUCUAGUAUAUUUAUUGCUAAUACAAUGAUUGGUACUAAUCUCUAUGAGUUUAUUCCUCAGACUCCACUGCAGUUCCAGGAAGGAGACAUAUUUGGCAUUUAUCAAGUUGAUAGGUUUCUCUAUGACCAAAAGUACAAUGGCCCAAGAAACUUACGCAGCAUUGGAACCCUCAACUCUCCUCCACAAACAAUUAGUACAAGAGAACUUGAAAAUGAUGGUAACGAUUUCCCAUUAGUCACUGUGGAAAUAAGUAAUAUGCCCACAAUUAGUGCACAACCAAAUAACAAAGUUCUAAUCACUAGUAUACCACUAACUGUCCUAUUUAUAUUAGCUGGAUUCAAUGGAGUGCUUACUGCUGUAUGCUUAAUUGCUAUAGCUGUCUAUUGCAUAACAAGAAAGAAGAAGGAAAAAACAAAUAGUGGGACUUCUUCAAAUGAGAAAAAAUUAAGAGCCUCUGAAAAUCUUGCUAAUUUUAAUUCUUUAUAUGACAAUCCAGAUGGUGAGUUGCCAAUUCCACGAACUCCUUUACCUCCAAUACCAAAUGAUGAUCCAGAUGUUAUUGUUGACCCAUACAAACAAUCUAAUGAAGGAAUUCAUGCAGCUGGACUAGUUCCUAUAGCUGUGUCUCCGACACAUACAAUUAAUAGUUCUUAUAGUACACUGGAUGGGAAUGAGCCUAAUGCUGACGGCUACUCAACUAGCGAGAUACUCACUUAUGAAGCUAGUUGCCAGUCACGUGACCAGUCUGAUAUAGAGGUUCAGACAGAUGAAGAGAAACAAGAAGAACGUCACCAUUACAUAGUUGAUAAUUCAGCAGAACUGAGAGAAUUUUUGAGAAGAGUAGAACCAAUGAUAAUGAAGGCUUUGGAUAGAAAUGUAAAGACACAUGCAUUUGAUGGGUAUAAAGCUGAAUGGGAGGAUGAAACUACAGGCACUAGUGUGAUACAUACUUUACAAUAUUCACCAUUUAAAGAUUAUCAAUGCACUAGUUUAUCAUGGAACACCACUGGCUCAGUCAUAGCAGUGAGUUAUGGCAAGUUUAAUCAUGAUGAUUGGUGUAGCCACAAAUCUGCUGUGUGUACUUGGAAUAUUGAUAGGAGGAGCAUAGAUCCCAAUAAACCUGAUGUCAUCAUCGAGUUACCUGUGUGCAUAAUGUCUCUUGCAUUUCAUCCAUCUUUACCAGCUAUCUUAGCAGUUGGAGCAUUUGAUGGAGGGCUGCACAUUCUAAACACUGGUAAUGAAAAUGACCCAAUUAUCAGUUCAUCAUCAGGGAUGGGUCACAAAGAACCCAUUGCUCAGUUGAAGUGGAUACUGAGGGAAGAAGAGGGACCAUACAGGGGAGACCAUCGUCUACUGUCACUGGGUAAUGAUGGAAUGAUCUUUGUUUGGGACUGGGACUCUCAAGGACGAGUAGUUGGAGUAGCCCCUGAGUCUAAACUGGUACCAAGUCAAGGACUGUCAUUAAGAUCAGCCAAUAUACCUAAUAAUUUGAGCAUUGCUAAGAGUAAUGCUGAAUUAGGAGGUACUUGUUUGUCAUUCUCGUGUGAAGAUAAAAGUGUUUUUGUUGUUGGUUGUGAAAAUGGUUCAUUGAUCAAGUGCUCUUUGGAUGAUCUCUCUUCUGUCUCAGGUGAUUGUGAUUUAUCUUCUUCAAUGCGUUAUGCCUUCAAGCCACACUCUGGUCCAGUCUACUCUCUCUCAUCUUCUCCUUUUCAUAGAAAUCUAUUCUUAUCUUGUGGCUUGGACACCACACUAAGACUUUACUCAUUACUUGAAUCCUCACCAUUACUGACCAUUGAGCCUGGGCGUGGUUACCUUUUUGCUAUCUGUUGGUCUCCAACUUGCCCUGUACUGAUAUCACUUGGAACAUCACAUGGAGAACUCCUGUUAUACAAUAUAGCUACUAGUCAUAUUACCCCACAAGCCUCAAUUCAGAUUUCUGACCAGAGAGCUCCAAUAUAUUCCAUUGAAUAUAAUAUCAAGCAGCCGAAGCUAGUUGCAGUAGGGGAUGGUUGUGGUGUUGUCAAAGUUGUAAGGUUAAGCUCUGAAUAUACUCAACAAAGUGAUGGACAAAUGGAGUUCUUGUCCAGUCUGGCCAAGGAGACCCUUGGGUUUAUGAUAUGAGGAGAACUAGAGCUCUCAUUCAUCGUAUUAUUUUUUAUUACGUGACAUGAUCUUUAACACAACUUUUAAACAUUGCUUUUAUCUUGAACUAAA